GUUGGCUCCACUCUCUCGGCGAUGGCGACUGCGGCAAGGGCGCUGCUCUCCGCCGCCCUCGGCAGCACCCGGACUGGGGCCGGCACCGGCUUCGGCGGGCUGGGCAUCAGCAGACAGCGGCAACACCAGCGGACGAACCAGCUGAUUGAGCACUGACCAAAGACUCAAACAUUGAGACUUGAUUGUCUGCUAUCUGGAUGAACUCUUCUGAGCUGUGAGAGGACUGAGGAGUGGUUUUGUCUUGAAAUGGGGUGAACUUCUGCCCCAUUUCUGGGACUAUCAGUGGGUUUCCAUAAUUAAGGAUGUGUGCAGAUCUGUUAAGGACAUUGUGUUUUCACACCUUGCUGCUGCUUGUGUGAUUGCAAGAAGGCCGAGCUCAUACUCUACAGUACAGCUGCAGUGAGUUUAGCUAAUGGUCUGCCAGAGAUUCCCAGUAUGGUACAGUCAACGAGUGUUGUACUGCUCCAGUAGCUUAGUGACCUCUAACGAUGUAAAUGUUGUUUACCAGAACGGGUUACCCGUGCUCUCCUUGAACCUACCAUCGCGGCGAGAGCGUUGCCAGUUCACCCUCCGGCCCAUCUCCGACUCGGUAGGCGUCUUCCUAAAGCAGCUGCAGGCAGAGGAUAAAGGCAUCGAUCGAGUCGCCAUCUACACCCCAGAUGGAAUUCGAAUAGCUGCAUCAACAGGAAUCGACAUUCUGCUUCUAGAUGACUUCAACUUGGUGAUAAAUGAUGUAACGCACCAUGUGCAGCCACCAAAGAGAGAGAGCCUGACUCACGAAGAUGCAGCGACGAUGAAUGACGUCAAGAUCCUUGUCCAGAAGCUCUUCACCACCUUGCACAUUGAGGAGCAUCAACUGCAUAAGGAGCGGGAACUACAGAGACGAGUGGAGGAGCUCAACGCCCAGAUUGAACCACUUGAAAAAGUCAAGUUGGAAUUAGCCAGGAGAGCAGAGAAGAGGUCGGGCUGGGUGCUGUGGGGAGGGAUGGCCUUCAUGGCCACACAGUUUGGAAUCUUGGCCCGGCUCACUUGGUGGGAAUAUUCCUGGGAUAUAAUGGAGCCCGUCACCUAUUUCAUCACUUAUGGCAGCGCAAUGGCUAUGUAUGCCUAUUUUGUAGUCACACGGCAGGAGUACAUUUACCCUGAUGCCAAAGACAGGCAAUAUCUGCAUUUCUUUCACAGAGGAGCCCGAAAGACGAAAUUUGAUAUCGAAAAAUACAACCAGCUCAAAGGUGCAAUUGCUCAGGCCGAGUUGGACUUGAAACGUCUCCGGGAUCCGCUCCAGCUCCACCUCCCCAUUCGGCCAGUCAGCGACCAGGAGUGAGGAAUAUGUAAAGGGUGACUCCCUGUUUCCCUGCCCCACCCUCACCCCCUUCCACCACCCUGCCAGUCAACACUUCCACUCCCACCUACCAACCCGUGGAAUGCCUGGUGAAGCUGAGACCGGGGGCACCCUUACUCAUUUAAACCAAACGCUUGUGCGUUCUGAAAAUCAACCGAAAGAGGUUUGAAACCGUGUUGAGAUGCCAGGUGCCUAGCAGACACCAAUAAUGUGGACAGAAUAGGCAUCGCCUUUCUAACUGACGGCACAUGGGCAGAUGGGGGAUGCACGUUUCCUCUGUGGGAUUUUUUUAAAGAAAAGAUUAAUGAAUUUAUUUCCAUGUAUUAUUUUACAGUUUUAUCUUGUUUUGUGUGCAGAUUUUACAAACUAUGGAUUCAUCUGACAUUGCUGCAGUCCUUAAAAAAAAUUAUCUAAAAAAUUGCAUACAAUUAAGUAAAAGGGCAUCAUUUGUGAAAAAAAUUGUAUAAAACAGCACUGUAAUUCUGACAAUAAAUGACUUCCAUGACUGUU